CAGAGGACGAGCUAACAAGCUAUCCGGAGUUAGCCGUUAAUUACGUUGAACGGCCGUUCGGUGUCACCGGGACUGUUUUUAGUCUUUUACUGCCUUUUGUUUGACUUUUACGGUGCUACGGCAGCGACAGAAAGAGGAGGAGGUCUGCUGACAUUAUGCUCGCCGCCUUGCUGUGCGGAGCUGUGGUGUUUCCGGGGCUUUUCUGCAGCUUUAGGAAAAUACUGAAACUCCGCUUCGCACGGUGGAGCGACGCCGACGCGGUCUGUGUCAGUGAGAGAUUGGUCUCCUCCAUCCAUGCAACACUGGCCACAGCAGCUGGAGUCACAGUGGCUUCAUCCUGCAGGGACGUCAUGACUGACAGUCACUGGCUGGUCACCGGCUUCGUUUUCUUUGGCGCUCCCUACAUGGCCUAUGACAUCUUUGCCAUGUAUCUGUGCCACUACCACACUCAGAAGGUCAAAGGUCGCUCCCCUGCAGACAGCAGCCACUCUCUGCAGACAGUCAGGGCUUUCCUCCUGAAGGACUGGAUGCUGGUCCUCCAUCACGCUGCCCUGCUCGUCAUUUUCAUGCCCAUCGUUCUGUUCUUAAGAAGAGGACUGGGGGAUUUCUUUGUCGGCUGCAUGUUCACUGCAGAGUUCAGCACUCCUUUCCUCUGCACAGGACAGAUUCUGAUCCAGCUGGGCCUCGAUAACACAAAGCUGCACAAAAUCAACGGCCUCAUUGUCCUCCUGAGUUUCUUCACGUGUCGGAUCCUGGUCUUCCCCUUCAUGUACUGGAGGUACGGGCUCCAGGUUGGGAUUCCUCUGCACAGAGUGGCCUUUCAUCUGCCUCUGCAGUGCAACCUGGGUAACCUGGUGGUCCUGGCUCCCCAGAUCUACUGGUUCUACCUGCUGCUGAGGAAAGCCAACAGACUGUACCUGAGACAGAGCAGACAGGCAGACAAAGACAAGCCGAGGACGGACUGAAGAGUUCCGCUGUUUGCAGAAAUGACACGAGACACGAAGAUCAAAAACAUGAUCAGUUUUUAGUGCCACUAUUAGGCAGAAAAAAAGAGAUUCUGAGAAUAGAGUUUUUAUAUUUUAAGAGUAAAGCCAUAAGUUACAAGGAGAAAGGUUUGUAUUUUGAGGAUAAAGUGACAAUCUUGGAUCAGUGGUUAGCACCAUUGCCUCGCAGCAAGGAGGUCGCUGGUUUGAGUCCCAGUGAGGACACCUGGGAUCUUUCUGCGUUGAGUUUGCAUGUUCUGCAGCGUGAGUUCUCUCUGGGUUGGUCAUGCUUUAAAAUCACUUAUUUAACAUGCUAAAUGUUGGUUUCGAAAAGUCAUCCAACUGCAGGUGACACAUUAUUUAAACCAAUAUGAUGCCAACAUUAGAAGUAUACAUUAGUUUCUCUGCACAAAUUAGUUAUUUUUAUUCAUCCACUGUCUCGUUAGACGUGUGACCUUAAUGUUAAUUUCAUUAUUGAUUAUGGGCAAUGAUGCAAGGUGGCUCGGUGGUUAGCACCGUUACCUCACAGCUCAAAGGUCACCGGUCAUGUCCCGGUGAGGACAUCCAGGAUCGUUCUGCGUGGAGUUUGCAUGUUCUCCCCGUGCAGCGUGGGUUCUCUC